GGAGGGGGGGGCGGGGCUCUUUCCGGGCCGUCCAGCCGCGCUCCUUCGGCCAUGGCUCCGCGGGCGCUGCUGCUGCUGCUGCUCAUCUGCUGCGGGGACGCCUCGGGGACGCCGGAGCUGCGCCGCCCGCCCUCACGCAUCGGGGUGAUCGGGGCCGGCAUCGGGGGCAGCUCGGCGGCCUAUUUCCUGCGCCAGAAGUUCGGGCGAGAGGCGCGGAUCGACGUCUUCGAGCGGGGCGAGGUGGGGGGCCGCCUGGCCACCGUCCAGCUGGAAGGCCGGGACUACGAGGCGGGGGGAGCCGUCCUCCACCCGCUCAACCUCCACAUGAAGCACUUCGUCAAAGAACUGGGGCUUUCUGUUCCUCAGAGUCAAGAUGGGCUCAUGGGCAUUUACAAUGGGGAGGAAUUUGUCUUUGAGGAGAGCGGCUGGUAUGUCUGGACUCUUCUGAAGCUCUUGUGGCGUUACGGACUCAACCCCCUGCGCAUCUACAUGUGGGUGGAGGAAGUCCUUGAAAAGUUUAUGAGGAUCUAUCGGUACCAGUCGCACGACUACGCCUUUAGCAGCCCUGAGAACCUGCUCCAUGCCCUUGGAGGGGCAGACUUCCUUCACAUGUUGAACCACACCAUCGAUGAGUCCCUGCAAAAGGCCAGAUUUUCUCAGGCAUUCAUCAACGAGAUGGUCACUCCUGUCAUGCGAGUCAACUAUGGGCAAAGUGCCAGCAUCAACGGCUUCGUAGGAGCUGUAUCUUUGGCCGGAGCGAGUGGAGGACUUUGGUCGGUAGAAGGAGGCAAUAAGUUGGUGUGUACAGGCCUCCUGUAUGCUUCCAAAGCCCAGCUUAUUUCUGGUCCCGUUAUCUCCAUAGAAGCAAAAACAAGGCCGAAGGCCCGUGCAGGUGGUCUGACAAAGCAAUAUGAGGUUACCUACAACUCUACGUCUGGAGUAACAUCAGGUGUCUACGACAUCCUCCUCAUCGCUACUCCUUUGCAGCGCCAAAUCGCCAACAUAACUUUCCGCAACUUCGACCCACAGAUCCCCGAGUUCUCUAGUCCCUACCACCAGACGGUGGCAACGUUUGUCCACGGGCACAUCAAUGCUUCUUUUUUUGGCUAUCGGGAUCCUUCUCGGUUCAACCUGCAGGCCAUUUUCACGAUGGAAGAUCCCCAUCUGUUCAUCAGCAGCCUUGGGGUGGUUUCUCCGGUGAAGGACAAACACCUGGGCCCUCCUGUCUGGAAAGUGUUCUCCCAUCAGCUGCUGACCGAUGAGCAACUGAAGCUGCUUUUCUCAUCCUAUGACUUGGUGGAAGCACGGAAAUGGUUGGCCUACCCACACUACAGCCCCCCUCAGAAGUGCCCACCUUUCGUUCUCCACGACCACCUGUAUUACGUCAAUGCCAUAGAAUGGGCAGCCAGCGCCAUGGAGAUGAGCGCAAUCUCUGCCAAAAAUGCGGCCCUCUUGGCUCACCAUCAUUGGUACAAUAAGAUGGAUAGGAUUGAUCAAGAGGAUUUGCAUGAGAGACUCAAGACGGAGCUUUGACUUGGCAUGACAAGGAUUGGGGGGAGGCACCGAGGCAUAUAGGAAACUUGCGAUGUAUCUUGGGUGUUGGGUAGGGGUGCCCAAAAUGUCUGAGCUUUGAAAUGCUCCAUUUGCAGCCCAAAAUGUUAAGCUUCAAAUAUCUUUGCUUGGCAGCAACUAGGGCAGUUUUAAGCUCAGAACAUUCCUACAAGGGCCAAAAUAUUUUUGGUGAGGUAAGAAAGGGUUUGAAAAUGUUUCAAGCUUCUGUUUGCAACCAUCACUCUUGAUCCUACUUUGGUACUCCAAGGAAAGAGGCUUAAAGGGAAUUCUUGGCAACAGUCUUUUAAAAACUACUGUACUUUCUGGACUUCUUUUGCAAAUCACAUGACUUGUUAUAAGUAAUUCUUUGGGGCACAAGAAAAACCUUGAAUAAAGCCUUCAGGCAUUUUACAUAGCAGUGUUCCUUAAAACCACUGGAUAAAGUUGUCAAGAGACUUCAUGUACUUAGUUUUGCAGACAAUGACUCCCAACAAUUCAUUACUUUUGAUCGGAAGAUAUUUUUACAUUUCUGGAAGCUAUUAGUAUGGGGAAUGACGCAGAAGAAAAUGAAUAUGCUUGAUUUGAAUCGCUGAAUUGGGCUGUUCAAAUAACUGAAGUGCUUCCCUUUAAAAUUCAUAUUUUAAAAGCUUUUAGUAUAGUUAUGCAAAUAAGGACUUGUAAGAGGAGAAUUCAGCUGCUCCAGGCAUUGAAAUUAUGAGGUAUCAGUUCUGAAUAAGCCCCUUCUUUUUUUGAAGGAGAAGGAAAUUGGACAUUCAGGAUUGCUUUUGACAAACUUUCCACACACAAGUAGCAGACCAACCGAGCGUUGAGCCAUUUGGUUGUGACAGGAAUUGGUACUGGCUUGUUGCCUGAACCCCUUGCUGUGGGCAGAGGGACCAGCCCAAAGUCCCCCAGCCGGCUUUCGUGUCAGGACUGGAACUCACAGUCCCCUGGUUUCUGGCCUGAUGCCUUCACCACUAGACCAAACUUCAUAUUAAAAAAUAUAGUGUGGGGGGGGGGAAUAAAGUAUUUAUAAAACGGAGAGAAGGAUUAAUCAAAAUUAUCUUGUUAUAACAAUUAUCUUAUGCUUAUUCAGGCACUCAGGAAAAUUGUACUGGCAAGUGGGUUUUCUUUUACCUAAAAGCAGUGGGAAAAAACAUACCUCCACUGCCAGGUGUGUGGUUCUGUGAACUGCUGAUGCCAUCCACUCGUAACUGUGUUAGGCAGAGAACUGGGUAGCAGCAAUUUAUAGGUAACAGAUUAGGUAUACUUUCUAACUUUAUUAAAAGUGGGGGAAACACAUUCUUGUGGUGCUGUUGUGCCUUUUUUACAAAUGUGCGGCUAAGGAUCUGCAAUUGAGAAUUCUUGAAAGAUGUCACACCGAUACAACCAGAGGGUUAUAUUAUGGGAGGGCCAGAUCCUCAGUUGUUGAGCAAAGUGGUCAUUAAGCAAGACACCCAAGUGAUCGCUUUGCUCAAUGAACAUAAUCCUGGCUCUAAUUAGCUGCAAUCAUUAAGUGAUUAUACAGGUUGUCAAGCGGACAGAGGAAGAGCUACCUGAUAAAAGGGCAGGUAGCCCGCCCGCCCCUCCCCCGAUGCAUGGAAGGGAAUUUGUAUGCUGGGCUCCCAAAGAGCUGAGCUGUUCCUACAGCCUGCCACAAAAGUUCCAUCUCUGUGCACAAGACAGAACGGUUUUGGUCGGCUGCAGAGAUCGGACCUUCAGUGACCUCGUUUCCUUCGCAGGAGUGCCUCUCCCUUCCAUGCACCAAGGGGAGGUCCUCUGCAGAAACAGAGUUCAGAUCUUUGGGAGGCGACUCAAACCGAAUGUUCUUCCAGCAGGCAGCCCUUUCGCUCCCAAAGAACUGCCUGCCGGGAGAGAACUGCCCUCCCUUUCCUGGCAGUGUGCAACUUUCCCAGCCAACUUCCCCACUGACUUUCUGAGGAAGCUGGCAGAGAAGACUGCAAGUGGCAAUCACAUGAUUGUGGGGUGCUUGGUUACGAUUGUGUGACCAGGUUGCCAACACCCAGAUUGCAAUCACGACUGGAGCAAAACAUUUUAUGACAGCCCCUUUUCAAGUUGUAAUUUCAAAAUGAUGGUUUAACAAGUGGUCAUAAGUCAAGAACUUCUCAAAAGCCAUAAAGCGGGAUCUUAAAUGUACAGAAUGCUGGCUUAUCACCAUUGCCAGCAUAAGUUCAUCUCUCAUUCAACUUGUUUGGAAUUGUUUUGUUCACUUGUUGAAGUAUGUUCCAAGUAUGUGGAACACUAAUAUUAUCCUAUCUCCGUUCCUGUACAUGGGUAUUAUGUACAAUUUUUCAAAUUUCAUAUAUUCCCGAAUUAAUUUUUCAAAGUUGUGAAGCAAAUUAUACCAAUUUUUAAGAAUUUAUUUUUUUAAAAAAUGUAAACAUGGAAUGCUCCUGUAGAACCAACAAUAAUAAAAAUUGCCCACGCUGUA